UGUUUGUCUAAUGUAUUUAUAGAGAGCAGUUCGCUUGAGUCGAUCGUCCACUGUCGUUCGGUUUAUUGAAUAGUUUUUCAUUCUGUUCGGAUUCCCACUAUUUUGACAACAUGACCACGCCGAUAAAUUUUAAAAACAUAGCUUCCGAAAUGCCGCCGCCCAAGCGCAUCCAGCUUGAGAGCGAAAAGGUUUCGGUGGCCGAGGCUAUCAACUUCCUAAAGACGCAGUGCGACACGCGCAAAGAGCAUAAGGAUGAGGAUCCCCUUAAUGAGGGACCCACCGUGGCGGACGAGCUGAAUGCCCGUCUGGCAAUGGUUCACGUGCGUGAGGCUCGGACUAAACGGAUCCGUCGCCUGGUCAAGUACCCACCCCACGAUACGCAGGCAUUGUACAGGUUCAUCUGCGUCUGUCCCCGUUACCAUCCCUGCUAUGUGCCAUGCCAGCACACGGGACAGAUCAUCAUCGACCGGGACGUUUUGUCCCGGGAGGAGCACAUAUGUUUUCUGGCUACGCCCAAGAAAGACUUUUCGUCUCCACAGCUUGGGAAGCAAGCGCGCUACUACACAAAGAAGAUCUAUGUAAACCAAUGCACAGCCCGAGUGGAACGUCUGGCCGAUCCGCAUCCGAUGCGAGUGAAUGAGACCUACACUUUCUUCAAGGAGUACCUCUCGCCGCGCCACAUAGCCGCUUUGGAGAACCAGAUGAAACCCAAGCCGCCGGUGGAAGCCAUGACCAUGGAGAAGGCGCUAGAGUACAUGGAGGAGGAGAUGCGUCAGCGAAGGGCGGCGAGGCAGGUGCACAAGCGACGCUGCAAGAGUCUCAAGAAGCGCAUCCUUUUGCGUCAGCGCAAGCAGAUGCAGAAAAUAGUUUGCGUCCUUUUUGAGGAAAUGAAGGACUUUCUGCUCAACGACCAGUUUAUUGUGGAUGAAAACUCUCCUCUUUGCAGCGUGAUUCUUGAGAGGCUUCGAGAGUUCACAGAUCAAGAGUUCUACACGACCAGUAAUUUACGCGAGUAUCAGCGGAUAUUGGCUAACAACCUGACCGUUUGGAUCAACAAGUUCAUAUCGAACCUGAACAUUUACUUGGCGCCGCAACAAAUACCCGUCCAACGACAGAUGAUGGCAGAGACCGAUCCGGAACAGUUUGUUCCCUUGUCGGACUUUAUUUCUCUAUCUGACGAACCAGGGUUAGAAGAAAUGAUGGAGGACGUUGAGCAAGGAGCCGUCGAGUAUCACGAUUACGGAUAUGGGGAGGACUACUUGCCCGACGUUCUCAAUACCGAAAUGUCAGAGGACACCAUAAUUGCUUAAAUUGGGGCGAGCUUACCCUUCAGCUGAGACCAAGUGAGCUCCUUAUAGACGCCGUUGCUGUGUACCUUGGCUCCAUGAUUCUUAAGUAUGUCCACUGGCAUCGCGCGGAAGAGGAAGUGCAGGAAGUUCUGUGAAGUGUAUGCGAAAUUUCAUAGUGUAACACCCAAAUCAAUAGUAAUACUAAUGUAAUGUUUUUCCAACCUC